CGUGCCAAGCAAACAGGGUGUAGAAAACUAGAAACCCUCGCAAACCCCAGACGCGUUGGGCGUCGUCUCCCUGCGCCGCCUCCCCUCCCUUCUCUCCCCAUUCCGCAUCCUCCCUCCUGCGCGCAAUCGCUUCCAGGAGCCCCUCCCGCCGCAGCCGCAGAUGGAUUCCUCCGCCUCCGCCUCCGCCUCCCCCACGGCGGCGGCGGCGGCUGACGCGGACCGGUACACGUACAGCCCGAGGCUGCGGUGGCAGCCGGAGGUCGAGGAGUACUUCGCCGCCGCGUACGGCCGCGACCGCUUCGCCCGCAUCUCCGAAGCCCUCGCGCAUCCUUCUUGUUACUCUUGUAUUCGUGUCAAUACUCUGAAGUCUUCCACUGAUGCUGUCAUGCAUAAACUGAUGAAUUUGGUAGAUCAGAACGGACUCUGUGGUGGAAUUAAUGGUUUGGAGAUUGGUCAGCAGAAUGGUGGAGAGCAAGCACAUGAAGGGAAUUCUGUGGUGCAUAAGUGCCCAUAUUCUGGCCUUGACAACGUUUUGUUUGUACAAGGUUCAGGACCACAUGCACUGCACUACAAUAGCCAACCUGACCAAUCUAUUAAGGAAGUGAUUGUAAGUCGAAAAUGUGCAGAGUCGGUUCUUAGAGGAGCCCAGGUGUACAUCCCAGGAGUUUUAGCUUGCAGCUCACAUGUUGAAAAGGGUGACAAAGUUGCAGUGUCGGUUGCUAUUGAACAACCUGCUGAGGAUGGUGGUUGGACCGUUGGUAUAACACGAGGAACUGUUUUACAGGGAUUGCAGUCAGAUGCACAUCAUGAAGAAAGAAAGGGUUUGUACAUUGGUCAAGGGAUCACUGCAAUGUCAAGGUCCGGAAUAUUUCGUGUUCCUCAUGGAGUUGCAGUGGAGAUGACUGAGAGGGUGUACAAGCUCCCAUCUUUCAAUGAUGUGCUCGAAGGGGAGAUAUUUCUUCAGAAUCUUCCAAGUGUUGUGGCUGCUCGUGUCCUUGAUCCCCAGCCUGGAGAGCGGAUUCUGGACAUGUGUGCUGCCCCAGGUGGGAAAACAACAGCAAUUGCUAUCCUGAUGAAAGACCAAGGAGAAAUUAUUGCCCUUGAUAGAUCUCACAAUAAGGUGAUGGAUAUUUUGAAGUUGGCCGCUGAGAUGGACCUAAAUUGCAUAAAAGCUUAUAAGCUUGAUGCACUCAAAUCUGUACGGAAGACCAAUGAAGCAAAAUAUAUUGGCGAAGCAGGCAGCCGCACUGAUGCAAUUGUGACACUGGCAGAGGACUCUGAGCCUUGUAUUAAUAAAGUCGAUGCUGGGACUACUAAUGCCAGUGAAGACAGUUCUACUACAUCAGUUGUUCAGACUGAUGAUAAAAGAUAUGUGAGCAAGGCAGACCUCAGGAAGAACUUAAGGCGAAUGAGGAAUGGACCAGGAAGAAAUAACUGCUCAGGUGGUAGAGUUGAAAAUUCUAAAGGAUUUUUGCCCAAUAGCUUUGAUCGUGUCCUCCUUGAUGCUCCAUGUUCUGCACUUGGCUUAAGGCCUCGCCUCUUUGCUGGUGAGGAAACGCUGGAAUCACUGAGAAAUCAUGCGACGUACCAGAGAAGAAUGUUUGAUCAAGCUGUCAAGCUAGUUCACCCUGGUGGGGUGAUUGUUUAUUCCACGUGUACUAUAAAUCCAGGAGAAAAUGAAGCUUUGGUCAGAUAUGCAUUGGAUAAGUACAAGUUUUUGUCGCUCGGAUCACAGCACCCAAAAGUUGGAGGACCUGGUAUUGUUGGUUCAUUUGAGCGAUCAACCAAGAAAUAUACUGAGGAGUGGUUGACAAAGCAUGAAUCACAACUUGUCCAGAGAUUCGAUCCAUCAUCAACUCUGGAUACAAUUGGUUUCUUCAUUGCAAAGUUUGAUGUUGGGCAGAAAGACGACUGACGUAAGGGGUUCUCUUGAGCAUUCUAUUUUGGAUCCUACACUCUGAAACUUGCUGUUCCUGACUUCAAAUAUCUCAGCAUUAACACUUGCUGCAGUUAGAUCAUUUCAGGGCCCCAAUCAUUUUUCAGUAUGAAUGGGAACCAAUAUCCCAUAUCUGGUUUCCCAGAAAUUUUGUGCUCAACUGUCAAUAUUAAAUUAUUCUUUGUCCAAGGGAUUAUUGUUUGUUGUAAUGAAAUGCCAAGGGUGACUGGUUGAAAGUAGAAACAUUUGUAAACCCAAAAUGAUAGGGACUUGAGAUUUUAGAUGUUGGGUGGUGGGGAUAUGGAGCUGGAAGAGUGGAGUUGUGCUUUGUAUGGCUUAGCAUAUUUAACUAAAUCAAUUUCUUUUCUAUCACAUGGCAGUAUAGCAUACUUUCUCCGAGGAAGGUGGUUUCUGACCUGCAUUUUUAAGAAUA